CAAGUUCUGUGGGUUGAAGAAUGCAGCGAGAUGAUGAUGAGUCGCGCCUCGAGUGGCAGCGGCGGCACAGGCAGGCGCUGCGGGACACGGCCGAGUCGCUGCAGAUGGGGAGGAGCACGGCGCACACGCUCAGCAUGCAGGCGGAGCAGCUCGGGCGCAGCGAGCGCGUGCUGGACGAGACGCAGGCGACCGUGGACAUGUCCAAGCGCGUGCUCCGCGGCAUGACGUGGUCCGGCUGGCUCUACAACAAAUUCUCGGCGGCGCCGCAACUUUCGCCCAAUAAGGACGCGGCAGAGAUUGCUAUGGGAUUUAUUUGUCCCGAGUGCAAGGUGAUGUUCCAGUCGCCAGAGCAACUAGGGACGCAUUAUUCAAGUGUCCAUGAGAGGAGACCAGAAGGUGGAGAUAGGUCCCGAAGUUUUGAGAAGAAUUGGCAAAGUGGAGGGCCGAGUCGACCACAACAAAGGCAACAACAGACUGCUGUUGCAAAGUGUUCCUCUGUAGAGGAAGUACAUGAUAAAUUCCUGAGGGAUCUGGAGCCGCAACUGGCGGAGCUGAAGGAGCAGUCGCUCGCCCUUGGCAGUGCGCUGGACUCGCAGAAUGAGCAACUGGAUCGGCUGGACUCGAAGAUUGGUCGGGUGCACCACGACAUGAAAAAGGUGGGCAUUCAGGCCAACACGAUCGCAGGAAGGAAGAUCCCUGUGGUGCAUCGCUUCCGCUGCGCAUUCCAGGAGGUGCAGACGGGGAAAUUCUUGCGGGACGUGGACGGGGAAGCGCUGCUGAGUGCUGAUGUGGUGGUGGAAGGCUGUACAUUCCGAGCUUACACACUGGGCGACGACAGUGAUGUGUGGGGCUUCCAAAGCGAGACGUCGAGUCACUUUUUGGGCAUCAACCGGUAUGGGAAUCUGAAGGUGCGGGGCGCGGACUUCAACUCGUACGAGCAGUUCCUGGUCGAGGCCAAGCCAAGCACCCCUCUGUUUUGUUUGGCAAGCUACUUUGGUCUCGGAGGUUGGGUCGCAGUGAAAGGGCCCACGGACAGUAGCAACCUCACAGUCAUCCGCGGGACACCCGAAAACAAGCCCCAAGCCGCCCACUUCAAGAUUGUAAACUUGGAGGAUGGAAUCCAAAAUGAGCUAAAGGGAAAUUGA